AUGAGUCAAUAUCUCUGGAAACUCUUAGGCUACAAAGACGCGGAAAACGAGACGCGACCCACCAAUACAUCACGCAGUUUACCAUCGUCGUGGUACACGUCCGACGCUAUCUAUCAGCUUGAGAGGCGGGCCAUCUUUUCGAAGAGAUGGAUUCUGAUUACACACAAGCACAGGAUCCCGUCUGCUGGGGAUUACGUGCAAUUUGAAGAGGCAGGGUUCCGCUUCUUCCUGUGCCGAGAUCGCGAUGGCGAUAUCAAUGGCUUCCACAACGUCUGCCGACAUCGAGCAUUCCCCGUCGUUACCGAACCUGCAGGGCGAGUGAAGAUCUUGUCCUGCAAAUACCACGGGUGGUCAUACGGGUUGAAGGGUAAUCUAGCAAAAGCGCCUGGUUAUGAAGAGAUGGAGGGAUUUGACAAGACGCAGAAUGGGUUGUUCCCAAUGAGCGUUCACAUUGAUCAAAAGGGAUUCAUAUGGGUAAAUAUGGAUGUUGCAAGGGAGGUGGCAUGGGAAGAUGACUUUGAAGGAGUUGACACGCAGCCUCGGAUGGACAAUUUCAACUUUGAUGAUUACCGGUUCGACCAUACAUGGGAGAUGGGUGGCGAUUACAAUUGGAAGGCGUUAGCUGAUAACUACAAUGAGUGCUAUCAUUGUCCGACGGCUCACCCGGACGUGGCUGGUAUCACCGAUCUGAAACUAUACGCGGUCAGUACUCAAGGGGGGCACAUUCAGCACUUCACCAAUGCGGAGAAUAUCGCCAUGGACGAGGGACAAAGGGUCCGCAGCACAUAUUAUUUCCCUAAUGCCUGCAUGACAGUGACACCUUUCUUCUUUUACAUGAUGAGAUGCGUACCUACAUCAGCCACUCAUUGCUCCAUGGAGUACGAAGUCUAUCGACACAAGGACGCCUCCGACGCGGAGUUCGAAGCCAUUGAUUCCAUGUACAAGCGGGUACUGAACGAAGACAAGUGGCUUUGCCUCAACACGCAAAAGAACUACGCUGCAGGUGUCUACGUUAGUGGCGAGAUGCAUGCAAGAAUGGAGAAGGGGCCGUUGUUCGUCCAGAAAACUGUGCGCAACCUGGUUCGGCAGCAUCAUGAGCGCGAAAGGCAGCUGGGUCGCGAGAUAUGGCCUGCACGACAGGUUUUGCCAGAUUCGGCAACACGGGUACAUGAAGACGAGGCUUUCUUGUGCGAUCUGAAAUGUCAGACUGACAAGCUCGAGUGCGGGUCUUUGAUACGUACUGUGCCCGUCGCAUCGUCCUGCUGGCCCGACGCCAAUGGCACCUUUGCUUCUCCUUCCCCUCGCUCUUGCCAGGAAGUCAACGACAAAUGGUCAAACGGGACCUGGCACUCCCAACUUCCCGAGUCAAUUGAUUACCAGCUGUAUGCAAACAACUCUUGUUUACCAGACGAAUCCGGAAGUUGGACGCAGAAGCAGGGAUGCAAGAUUGGUGCUUUGCCGCAGUACAUUGUCAACUCAACGGAGGAGGCUGAUGUCGCAGCUGCGAUGAAAUGGGCUGCUGAUCGUAACAUUCGGAUUGUUGUCAAGGGAACAGGUCAUGACCUCAACGGGCGCUCGAGUGGUGCUUUCUCCCUCUCCAUCUGGACCCGAUACUUCCGCAACUUGACUCGCGACACAGCCUGGCGUGCCGCAAACAGCUCUUCGCCAGCUGAAGACGUCUUCAUAGUCGGCAGUGGCCAGCAAUGGGGCAACGUCCUCAAGUUCGCGACAAGCCAAGGCCGUGUCGUAACAACAGGCCAGGACCCCAGUGUUGGGCUCGGCGGCUACAUCCAAGGCGGCGGCCACGGUCCGUUGGCUCCUACCUACGGCCUUGCAUCAGCCCAAGUGCGCCAGAUGACCGUCGUAACAACCACCGGACAUGUUCUUGUCGCGAAUGAAGUCCAGAACCGAGAUCUCUUCUGGGCACUCCGUGGCGGUGGUGCAGGACAAUAUGGCGUCGUUACCGAAUACGUCAUCAAGCACCAUCCAGCACCCAGUAACGUCGUCAUGGCAAGCGUCCAGAUAAUGCCCCAGGGUAGUUCGAAUGCCAGUAUGGACGCAUCAUGGUCAGCAGCAGCCAGUUGGCUCAGUGCACUCCCCGAUCUCAUGGACGCCGGACUCUCAGGCGCGGCCACCGUAGCAGUAGGAAGCACGGCACCAAAGUUCUUCCCAAACCUGGACGUAUCAAACGGCCCAUUUACUGGCAUCGGGCUCAACCAAGUCUUCUGGGCUUUCAACACCACGCCCGCCGCCGUACAAGCCCUCGUCCAACCCGUCUUGUCCAAGAUCCUCGCGUCCAACACAAACAACACCAGCGCAAACAUCUCCCUUGUCUCGACAUCAAUGACAGCUUCACACUUUGCAAACUACACCGCCUUCUUCAGCGCCAUAUCCGGCGACAACGUAGCAGGCGGUGAAUCCCUAACCUCAUCCCGCCUGCUCGGCCGCCCAGAACUCACCCACACCCCUCACGAACAAGUUGUUUCCUACCUGAAAACCGCAAUGGCGAGUCAAAACACCACCGACCCGGGUAACUACGCCACCAUUGGCCUCAGCGGCGGUCCCGGCGUGCACUCCACCCCGUCUGCACACUGGGGCGCUUUACACCCUGGCUGGCGGCGCGCAUACCUUCACUUCAUCGCCACGGGCGCGACCGUCGAUUCCAAGGCUGCCGGGUCUGCCAAGAAGGCGCUGCAGAUUGGCGCAGACUGGCAUGCCAAGGUUAAAGAGCCCAUGUGGGAGAAGUGGGCGCCGGGUUCUGGUGCGUACAUGAACGAGGCGAAUCCAUUUAUGCCUACGUUCCAGCAAGCGUUUUACGGCAGCAACUACGAGGCGUUGAGGGAGGUCAAGCGCAAGUAUGAUCCUAGCGAGAGUUUGUAUGUGCUUUCGGGAGUGGGAACGGAGAGGUGGGAGUAUGAUCUUGAUAGUGGCAAGUUGUGUGGGUUUUAG